ACACACCCUCGUCCGAGGCCAGGUCCUGCCAUAAUUGUCGUUCAUUACCAUAAACCCCCGAUCGCCUCCUCCCAGGAGGAGCCAGUUAGGGAUCCCAUCUGCCGCUGGGAACGGGAGAAUUGGACUGCUUUUUUGCAGAUUUUUUUCUGGACUCAGCAGCAAAGUUCCUCCCUGGAAUCUGACAAGCGGAGCCCCCCCGCCGUCUCAGCUUUCAGCGCCCACUGCUUCUAGUCCGCACUGCGCUUCCAGGAGGGACGGCGAAUCUAAAGACCGUCCGACACGGCAGACGUGAGCCGCUCCUUAGUGCCGACAUGAUGCGGGCCGUCUGAAAGGUAGAAAAGAGCGAAAUCGGGACGGAGGAAAGCAGGAAAAAAAACAGACAACGAGUGAGGGGGGGAAACGGCGACUCAGCCGCGCUGCGAUCCGUGGAACUUCUGGAAGGGGGCUGAGAGCUGCGAUCUCAGCACGGCAGGAGCUACGCGAUUGUGCCCGUCGGAGGUGGACCAGGCGUUAAUGAGACUGAGCGGUCUGCUGCGUUGAGUCGCCCCGGAGGACGCGCAUUUCACCGCACCAUGCGGAGCGAACCCGUUCUCUUCGCCUCGAGGGCCAUGGAGGAGCUGGUGUCGGAACUCCGUCUCUUCCUGGAGCUGCUGGACCGGGAAUAUCUGAGCGCAGGCGUGCGGGAGAAGAAGCUACACAUCUCCAACAUCCUGCACAGGGUGCUGGCAGCCAAAGAGCCCACCCUCAAGGCUGAGAUCCACAGCAGCCUUCCGGCCCCUCCACAGAUGCCCCUGCCAGAGAUCCCGCACCCCUGGCUGCCUCCAGACAAUGGGCCGCCUCCCCUUCCUAGCUCGUCCCUGCCGGAGGGCUACUAUGAAGAGGCAGUCCCCCUUGGUCCGGGCAAGGCCCCCGAGUACAUCACUUCUCACUACGACUCGGAUGCCAUGAGCAGCUCAUAUGAGUCGUAUGACGAGGAGGAGGAGGACGGAAAGGGCCAGAAGAUGAGGCAUCAAUGGCCAUCAGAGGAGGCCUCCAUGGACCUGGUGAAGGAUGCACGCAUCUGCGCCUUCCUGCUACGCAAGAAGCGCUUCGGUCAAUGGACCAAGCUUCUUUGUGUCAUCAAGGACAAUAGGCUCCUGUGCUACAAGUCUUCGAAGGACCAGGUCCCUCAAAUGGAUCUUCCGUUGGCCGAGUGCAGCAUCACGCAUGUCCCGAAAGACGGCAAGAAGAAGAAGCACGAGCUGAAGAUUGUCCACCAGGGGGCAGAUGCCCUGGUACUGGCUGUUCAGAGCAAGGAGCAGGCAGAGGAGUGGCUCAAGGUUAUGAAGGAGGGCUGCAGCAAUGGAGCCAUUGAUUCUGAUGGGGUGGGAUCCGGCUCACCAGUCCACAAAGCUGAGCUAGAAAAGCUGUCCUGUGAGAAACCCAGCUCUGAUGGCGAGUGGAACCAUGAAAAUGGAACGACAGACACCAAAGAGCAAGCUAAAGGGAAGAAGAACGGCAAGGUGGAUCAGAAGGGUGCCGCGGGCAAGGUGACAGGGAAGAAGAUCACCAAGAUCAUCAGCCUGGGGAAGAAGAAGCCAUCAACCGAUGAGCAGACCUCCUCAGCAGAAGAAGAUGUCCCCACCUGUGGUUACCUGAACGUCCUGUCUAACAACCGCUGGCGGGAGCGCUGGUGCCGGCUGAAGGACAACCAGCUGCUUCUGCACAAGGACCGGGCCGACCUGAAAAGCCACAUGGCCUCGCUGCCGCUGCGGGGCUGUGAGGUCAUCCCCGGGCUGGACUCCAAGCACCCCUUCGCCUUCCGGCUGCUGCGCAAUGGCCAGGAGGUGGCUGUGCUCGAGGCAUCGUCCUCUGAGAACAUGGGCCGCUGGCUGGGUGUCCUCCUGGCUGAGACAGGCUCCACAACGGAUCCUGCUGCACUGCAUUAUGACUACAUCGACGUGGAGACCACUGCCAAUGUCAUCCAGCUGGCGAAGCAGUCAUUCUGCUUUACGAGCAAGCGUGCGGUGUCGCCCAAUCCGUACCUGGACAAUCCCAUCAAUGGGUACGCCUGUCCUUCCGGAGUGGCGCUGCACUACGAUGACGUGCCCAUCAAUGGAACGGAGCCAGAGGCCGCAUACUCCUCCCCCACCUCUGGGAGGCGCCCCUGUAGGGAGGAGGCCUUCUAUGAGAAUGUGGACCUUUACGAGAAUGUGCCGUCCGUGAAGCCGGCCACCCGCUCCUCUCCCAAACCUGGCGGGGCCCCCACCUCUGCCAGCCACUACAAAACGCCCGUCUCGGCCAGGAGCCUCUCCUCUCGAGCUUCCUCUUCCUCCUCAUCCUCCUCUCUGGCUCCUGUCACUAACACUGCCAUGUCUGGGCGCAGCACCGCCGCUCAGCUGAAAGGGAAAAAAGGCCCAAUCAUGAACGGGACGGCGGCCAAGCAGAAGCUGGACAAGAAUCAGCCCAAGAAGCCGAACGGUACCCUACCUGUGAAACGCACCAACUCCAGCGCCGAGCAGUAUAAGUAUGGGAAAAACCGCGUAGAGGCCGACGCCAAGAGGCUGCAGGCCAAGGAGGAAGAGAUGAUGAAGAGGAAGCAGGACAUCCGCAACCGGCUGACCCAGCUGAAGAAGGAGAGGAAAGACCUGCGUGCUGCCGUUGAGGCCAACACAGGCAAGCGGUCCCAGGCAUCUCUGGCAGAGAAGCUCAAGAAGGUGGAGGAUGAGUGCAAAGUGAAGGAGGAGGAGAGGGUGAACUUGGAGCUGGAGCUGACCGAGGUCAAGGAGAGCCUGAAGAAGGCCAUGAACGGGGGCAUCACCCUGGGCCUUACCAUCGAACCCAAGUCCGGGACGUCCAGCCCCCAGUCUCCAGUGAUGCUUCGGCGAACAAUGGACAACUCUCCAGUCUCCAGCUGUGACACCAGUGACACAGAUACUUGCUCCCUCCCAGUGAAUAGCGCCUCCCUGCUGCGCCGGCAGUCGUCCCAGAAGGCGCCGCCCGUCCGUGGACACGUGCUCCAGAAGGCCAAGGAGUGGGAGAUGAAAACUGGGACAUAAAGCCAAUGCCCAGCUCCGCCUUCUCCACACGUGUACAUAUUUAUGUGAACUGGGUUCUGGAGGAGAAACGAGGAAAGCGCGGCCCAGAUGGCCGAGGAGGAGACCUGAGACCAAUACGUUAGAUUACUUCUGCUCCUUUUUGCUUACUGUCUUUCUGCCGUUUGCUGUACAGGCAUGUGUGGCCGCAUCCCAGAAGCAGAGUACGCCAAGGUGGCCCCUAGAGGGAGAUGUCCUCACCGAUAGAGCUGAACUGUUGAUCUCGUCACCCUUCGCUAAACUAAAUCUAGUCAAGUUACUUAAACGAGAAUCAGAAUAUUUAUUUGUAAAUGUUUAAGUGAAUAUUAGCCUGCCUUUAUUAUUUAUAUUGGUAUUUAAACUUUCACAGUUUUCACAUUAGAUCUGGCCUCCCACUGAAGUAUGACUCACGCUCGAGGUACAUACUUCAUUUUCCCCUGUGGUGUUCUUUAAAAAGAGCCACUGGGUCGUACCAAUCAUCAGAUGGACUGGGGGGGGGGGGGUGGUUACAUGCUUUCCUGUGAACAGGGCUCUGGUAUUUGUGGGUGGAGGACAGAACAAGUUAGAAUAGGUUUGGCUCUUAUUGCAUAGCCGGUCUGAUGUUGGGGUUAAAAAAUUCUUUAUGCUCAGCCACCUGCUGUGGAGUUGGGUUGCUUCCCCCCCCUAAUUUAUUUGGUAUGAGAGUUCUGGAUUCCAGCCAGAACCCCAGGCUGAGUCAGGUCUGAAGUUGAAUAAGCUCUCGGUGCUAGGCUAGGCCGGGCUUAGCGGUGGGCUGUCCAGGCCUAUGUGACCACAUGGAAAUGGUGGUCCGGGGGUUCCUGGACGAUAUAAUGUUUUUAUCAGAGCCCAAGCAUACUGUAUGUGCUGACAUUCAGCUGCUUUAACCACAAGCACUGGGCAAGGCUGACAUAGUCAUGGCACAUUCCAAAUACAUCAAUACACUGUCAAAUGUAGAAGUACUGUAUAAAAAGCAAAAUCAAACGUGUAUUUCACAGAAGUGGUGCUCAUUUUUAAAUGGUUGGAGCCUGAGGUCGUCUCGGACAGUGGGAAUCGAUUUCUCACGUCAUCAUGGGCCAGGAGGCUUUGCUUUGCUUUACAGACGCGUUUCCUAAGCAGUUCCCCCGGAGAACAGCUGGCGUCUUUUCCAGCUAAACUCAUAAUUAACUUUCUUUAAUAUAAACUAUAUCUUGCAUUCUAGAAAAGCACAAAUGAACAGAACUGGUUGCCUGAUGUCUUCUGUAAAGCAUUUGUCCGAAAUGGAAUCUCAGUAUUAAUGCCAAGUAUUGCCUCAAUAGUAAUUCCAAAUCACUUAAGACUGGUUUUCACUUAAACAUAUUUAAAGUUGAUCCAAGGUUGUGAAACAGAUCUCUAGAUCUGAAAUCGUUUUUUGCUGGAAGUUGGAAGUAAGAAUUCAUUACUCAUAUUUUAUGAAGUUCUUUACAAAUGGCCUGCUUACAAGCGUGUUAGAAAACAUAAUUCAAGGUUUUGCAUAGCAGCUGAAGAUUAGACUAAAAUACAGAGAUGUGUAAAUAUUUGAUCUCACUUGCUGUUCCCAGGAUUCUGGAGCUGUUGCAUACUGUUUUCAUAAGGGAUUGGGGAAGAUGGAGCAGAAUCAUCACACAUGAAACACUGAGGCACACUAAUCAGGACAGCUCAUCCUCAGCUCAUGGGAGUUGUACUUACUCAAAAAUGGUUGGUUCAGAGAGAUAACCAAUCAUAUUGUAGAGGAGGUGAGUCCAGGUCCAAGCAAAUAACGGAGACAGGGCCAUGACAUGUGACUGGUUGGUUCUGCCUCCUCUAGUUGCUUGGACCCAUCUCCUCUACAAUCUGAUUGGUUCUCUCUGAACCGAUAAUUUUUCAUUCUGUCCUCAGAACAGUUUUUUUGCAAGUAACACUUCCAUUAGCUUGUUAUCAUCAGCCGUCUAGCCCCAGCUCAGAGGAGUGUCUGAUAAAUCCUCUAAAUGUCCACCAAAAAUUUAAAAAAAUCCUAUUUUGGGUUUCUUCCCAGCUUCCUCUGCCCUCUUGACCUAUGCUAACAAUGUAAAGAGAGCUUUUGGGAGGAAGGAGAACGAGGUUAUUCAGAAAGUCCUUAUCAUCCCAAAGAGGAGGGACAGAUGAUGUCAGAAAAUGUGAACAUAUAUGUAAAUAGUUGUGGUUUGUUUUGUGGGGGGGUGGUGGGGGGAUAAAAAAAAAAGAAAUCAGCAGUGUUUGUUUUGCACCUUAAAACUGUUUGUAUCAUGUGUACCUGCUCUAGGACAGUCCCCGGCUUGGGGGAGAACACCUGUAUGUAACAUUAAACUUUUAAAACAUG